AUGUCCGCCGUGCGCGCCGCACGCCUGGCGCAGAGGCUGCAGCCGACGCCGCACUGCCCGGGCCAGGAGUCUUCGACGGCCGAGGAGACGUCCAACGCCGAGGACCCCCUGAACGACAGCUACGUCAGCUGGCACUGGAGGGGCGAGUUCCUGGAGCGCUUCUCGGACGCGCUUGGCGGCGUGCGCACGCGGGCUGGCGGGCAGGACUACUGGUUCACCGUCCAGGCGGCCUGCUCGGUGCCCCUCGAGGGGCUCCCCGAGCCCGGCACCGUG